AUGGUAUUCUUUUUCUGUCUUGCGGCUGCAUCAUCCCUGGUGGCCAUAGCGUCGGCGCAGUCAUCGUGUGGACCUUCUCCAUCCGGCAAAGUUAGGCCUUCCAUCGCUUCUGGAUAUAAAUGGCAGGUAGUUGCGACAAACUUGGCUCGACCUCGCGGCAUUGCCUUCGAUGAUCAGGGCAGGUUGCUUGUCGUUGAGUCCGGAUCUGGUAGUCUGUCAGCACACACCCUGUCCGAAGCUGGAAGCGGUUGUGUAACUGUCAACUCAUCGAAAAAUGUAGUUACAGGCUUGAGUCUCAACCAUGGUAUCGCUUUCGACAACGAGAAUCGCAUGCUCUAUGCUUCUAACACCAAUGAGACGUAUGGAUGGCAAUACGACUCUUCCGCAAUCUCUGUGUCAAACCAGCAGACACUGGUCAGUAAUAUGUCAGGAACAGAUCAUAGUACGCGGACUCUUCUUCUUCCACAGUCAGCACCAGGCAUGCUGGUCAUCAGUUUCGGUAGUCUGAGCAACCUCGAUCUUUCUGCGACAAACGUGGACUCUGGCACAGCAUCGGUCAAGGCAUUCAAUCUGACAAACCGAACGAGCACAUACACCUACCAGACUGAUGGCCUCCUUCUCGGAUGGGGUUUGCGCAACGAGGUCGGCCUUGCAGAGCAUCCAGGAACCGGUGGUAUCUGGGGUGUCGAGAACUCUGCAGACCAGAUCACACGACAUGGUGUUGAUGUGCACGCCACCAACCCCGGCGAAGAGCUCAACUUCUUGGGUUAUGUCAAUGGUACCGAGACCAAACAAGAAGGUUCGAACUUUGGCUACCCUUGGUGCUUCUCAGCUUGGAAUCCUUCAAUUCUGCCUGACAAUGGACAGAUUGAGGUCGGUACACAAUUCGCCAUUGAUGCGUCUUCAGACUUGGACAAUCAGAACAAGACAGAUGCCUUCUGUGCCAAUCAAACACAAAGUAGAUUGGUUUUCGAUUCACACAUGGCGCCCUUAGACAUCAAGUUCAACGACACAGGAAGACAGGCAUGGAUCACUUUCCACGGCAGCUGGAACAGCCCCAAUCCUGUCGGUUACAAGCUGUCAGUGGUCAAUUUCACAGACUCUGGCGAGCCAGUUGAUGCCCUUACAAGUAAGACAGCAGCAAUGGACAUUUUUGGGAAUGCGAACAACUCAGUUUGUCCUAACGACUGUUUCCGUCCUGUCGCAAUGGCGCUCGAUAGUCGAGGCAGAAUCUUCCUUUCGUCUGAUGCUACGGGCGAAAUAUAUCUUGUGACCAGAGACGAAACUGCUGGAGGUACUCCGACUACUUCACCUAGUUCCUCUACAACCUCCUCGUCCCCUCCAUCCAGCUCAACAACCUCAGGUGGUGUUGAAACAGAGGCAAUUUAG